AUGCUGCGUUUCGCAAUGACCGCAUCCCUUGUCGCUGCGUUCUCCCGAGCACCGAGCACUACGGGCUUCCAGCUCGGCAGUAGCGAAAAAGUAAUGUGGUCGAAGAAUUGCGACUUUCCGAGCAACGACUAUCGCUCACUGAGCGGCAUCUCCAAGUCGUGCGGGGAGGUUUGUGCCAAUGACGCUACCUGUACUCACUGGACGUGGAGCGUAUAUAACGGCGGCACCUGCUGGCUUAAGAAUGGCACGCCCUCCUCCAAGACGACAAACUACGGCGCUAUCUGUGGUUAUGUGAUUUCACGCACCACCAUAAAUGAGACCACAAGCGGUGUAUCUACUACAGAUAUGGCAGAAAUGUUGCGCCGGGUCAACUUAUUUCGUGCUCAGAAUGGUCUUGCUGCAGUGACUAUCGACUAUCGUCUAGGCAAAGCUGCAUUGCUUCACUCGCAGGAUCAAGCGAGUCACUGCAAUAUGACGCACACAGGCACAGCGAUCGCAAGACUGGGAGAUCGGGUUAGAGCAGAAGGAUACAGAUACUCCACUGCCGCAGAGAAUGUGGCUGCUGGUCAAGCUUCUGUGGAAGACGUCAUGACUUCGUGGUGGAACUCGCCUGGUCACCGCGCCAACAUUCUCAAUGAAGAUGUUGACAAUGUCGGAUUUGCCCUGGCCACGAACGAAGCUUGCGGAAGCUAUAAGACCUACUGGACGCAGGACUUCGGACGAUUGGCGGAGUAA